AUGCCACCACACAAAAAAGUGGCCAGUAAGAGAAAGAUUACGGAAGCAGAUUCUGCUUGUGAAGUAGAAGUAAAAAAGGUGAAACAAUCAUCAAGUACUGAUGAAGAAAUUAAAGAGAAGAAUAGUGAUCAAGUUUUGAUUGAGUGUGAGACAUCAUCGGAUGAUUUUGUUCAAUGGAUGGCACAGACAGUCAAGAAAUUAAAGGAUGAAGACUCUCUCCGAAGGCUCUUUUCUGAUGAAACUAAUUUGAAACAAAAAGAAUUGUCAAUUAAUAUUGUUAAACAUUUGAAACAAGUGACUGAUGAGUUUUUGGUUUCUGUAAUGCAAGCAGACAUGUUCAUGACGUCCAAUUCUAUUCGAACAAUUAAUCCCUCUCAGGAUAGUUACUUUCUUUUUAAACUUGAUAUUCCAGAAAUAUGGGCUAUCAUAUUUUCAUACCUUCCAGUUAAGGAAUUUGUUCAAAUUAAUAGAGUUUGCAAAUUGUGGAAACAAGCGAGUGAAUUGCCACAAGCACUUGUUCAUUAUGAAUAUCCAAUUGAUGUUAAAAGUGAAAUGAUUUUUUUUGAAAAGUACAUUACAUUUAGAAUUGAUGCAAUCAAAACUUAUACCAGAAUUCCAGGUAUUGAAAAUAUGGUAAACAAGCAUAACAUUAAGGCAAAGGCCAUACCCCUUGAUCACUCAAAAAAUGCUGCCCCAGAAAAGGAUGACAUUUCGGCUUACUGUACGAUAUUCGAGAGAACAGAUACUGUUUUUGACAAGUUAAAAUCAUUGAGCUGUCAUUCAAGUCCUUUCAUACUCAAUGUAUUCUCCAAGGCAUCAAGUGCUUUGAAGCAGUUUCCAACCCUUACACAUCUUUGUAUAACAUCCCAUCACAAAAAAACCAAAGAGAUUACAAUAUCCCACCCAACUAUCACAAGCUUACAUAUAAGUGACUUUUCCAAUAUAGUGAUUCAGUGCCCAACUUUGGAGAAAUGUACUGUUUUUAGAUCAGAAAAUUUAAGCAUUGAUUCUAAACAACUUUCAAGUUUAGGUCUAAAUGAUAUUGCUGUACUGAAUGUAAAGGAACCUACUAUGGCUUGGGAUUUAAUAGAUUUAGAGCAUGUUACAGUAAUUGUAAAAUUAGAUUGCCCAUUUGUAAAGAGGGCCUAUGUUAAUCAUGACUCAAUGAUCAAAUAUGUACCAAACUUGGUUUCUAUGAUUGUGAAUGGAGAAUCAAUUGGUUAUGACUGCCUUAAGAAAUUGCCUUCAACAAAUCAAUGCUUGAAAGAAAUCACAUGCAAAAACUUUAAAAAGAAUGAAGGUCUUCCAGAUAAGAAAAUUCUUGAUCAGGUUUUGAAAGUUGUUGAAUACGUAACAUUAGAAGAUUGUAGUCCAGAUUUCGUCGCCACCAUCUUGAAUUCACUUUCUGAGUGUGUUAGAGGAAUAACUUUUACAAAAAUUAACUUAUCAAAAACAUUAUUAGAUAUUUUAGAUCCUUCAACAUUUCCAAAUCUUCACAUUUUAAAAAUUAACAAUUUUACAAAAACAUCCCUAAAGUCAGCUCAGGUUGAGAAAAUGUUAAAGCGAAUGAAAUCUAUUAACAAUUUGGCCUUACAGGCUGCUAAAAACACUUCCAUUGAAAUGAAUAUUCCAGAUCAUGUAGAAGAAUUGGAACUUCGUUCAGUUCAAUUAGUUGGAAUUAUUGAUUCCAAGAAAUUAUUUAUGAUCGAUGUUCCUAAUUCUGGUGUAUUCAGUAAUGUGGAAUAUUUAUGUUUAAAAACAUUCUUUUGGAGGUCUAAUGAUUUAAAUCUACCUUCUCUUAAGAAACUAAUGCCCUCUCUGAAAUAUUUAGAAACUUAUUCAAAUUGUGAGGAUAGUGAAAAUACUAUUGAGUUUAUUAGAAAAGAAAAACCUAAAAAGUAA